CCCAGGCCACGCCCACCUGUCGUGGCCACCCCCACCUUGACACUUUGUGAGUUUGGGGAUUGUUGCGUUUGCUCCCCAGACUCAAAAAGGGCUCCCCUGUUCAGUUAGUUGCCAGUUUUCCUCGCCCAGGUCUGGAAAAAUGACGGCGUCUUCCGCGCCGAGCAAGGAGCCGUCGGUCCGGCGCGAGAGUCCGCUUCCUUCACGGUGGCGCGUGCUUGGGACGCUCCUGGUGACUGUGGGGUUCCUGCUGUUCACUUUCUCGGAUGCCUGUGGUCCACCACCAAAAUUUGAGGCUAUGGAGAUGGUUGGUAAACAAAAGCCCUCUUAUUCUCCUGGAGAUCAGGUAAAUUACAAGUGUAAACAAGGAUGGGAACAUGCAUAUACGUUUACCACAACUACAUAUUGUGAACUGAACAACUCAUGGCUUCCUAUCACUGAUUGGGCUUGUGAAAAGCUAAAAUGCCCCAAACUGCCAACCAUCCCACACUGCAGAGAACACCUUGUAAAUGGAACUAUCGCGUGGGGCCAUCAGGUUCACUUUGUGUGUGACGAGGGUUAUUACCUAGUUGGUAGAAAAUUUAUACUCUGUCAGCUUAAAGGAGCAAGGACAUUCUGGAGCCAUGCUGUCCCACGAUGUGAAAAGAUUUUGUGUUCACCACCUCCAAAAAUAAAAAAUGGAAAAUACACCUUUAGUGAUGUAGAUAUAUUUGAGUAUGCUGAGUCAGUAACUUAUAGCUGUGAUCCUUCUCAUGGGGAAGAUGAAUUCUCACUCGUUGGAGAAAAAUCGCUGUAUUGUGUCGCCAAUGGAGUGUGGAGCAGCAGUCCUCCCGAAUGCAGAGUGGUCAAGUGUUUAUAUCCAGAAUUAAAAAAUGGAAGACAGAUAACAGGAUUUAGGAAGAAAUAUUACUACCAAGCAACAGUUAUGUUUGAAUGCAACCUGGGCUAUCAUGUUCGAGGCAGUGACACUGUUGUCUGUAACAGCAAUAGCACCUGGGAGCCCCCGAUUCCAACAUGUGUGAAAGGUGUAUGACAUAAAAUUUAGAGAACUCUGCUGUUGUGAUUUUGUAAGUUUUUCCACAUUAUGUGCUUCAUGUGGGUAUGUAAGUUUCUCAUUUAAUAAUUUUACCUCUAAAAAGUGGAUUAUAACAUUUUCAGAGUAAAUUGAAGCAUGAGCACUUUCAUCUAAGUAAGUCAAAAAUGCAAAGUGUAGUUCAUGUGAGUGAAAUGUGAACAUUAACCCCCAAGUGGUUGAUCCAGUCUACAGUAUUUUCUUUCCUAGUGGUGAUCCUUCCCAGUACAAAACCUCUCCAUUCCACUGCCUCAGGUUUAGUAAUUCCUGCUUGUAUUUUUCAACAAUCCUUUUAAUUCCUGGGGAUUUUUUCACACAUCCCAUAAGUUUAUGGUGAUGUCCACCCAUUUCAUUGUUAGGAAUGAAAGAGGAAGGAUAUUUUUUUUUUACAGCCAUUUUAGCUGCUAUUCAUAGUGAUCCUGGAAGUUUAUCUGCCAUCAUCCAGAGAUGAAUAGGAAUGUGAACUUGGGAAGGUUAUGUAAAUUUUAAGUGUGUUUACUCAUGUAAAAUGAUUUGGUACCUUUUUCACUAGGUGAUAGUAAGGUUUAAGCAGGAUGCAUUUAAAGUGUUGAGCACAGUGCCUGGUAGGUAGGGACCUCUUAAAGGUAGCGAAUAUAUUAGCUCAUGUCCCUACUGAGUUAAUAUCAAUAAAGAGGAGGACCUACAGCAUCGUUUUUUUAGUAGAAAGCUUUUAUUUAAUAAAUAUAAAUUUCAUAAGUACAACUUUUGGAUUAUAGCGUUCUUCCCCCCCCCCAAGCCCGCCCUCCCACCCCCAAACCAUCCUACCUCCUACUCCCUCACCCAUCCCAUUCUUCAUUAAGAUUCAUUUUUAAUUAUCUUUAUAUACAGAAGAUUAACUCUAUACUAAGUAAAGAUUUCAAGUUUGCACCCACACAGACACACAAAGUAUAAAGUACCAUUUGAAGACUGGUUGUACUGUUAUUUCUCAUAGUACAACACAUUAAGGACAGAGGUCCACUACCUGGGGAGCAAGUGCACAGUGACUCCUGCCAUGGCCUCUCUUUGUUAAUAUGUGUUUACUGCUUCCUCAACUUUGCUAUUUUACUCUUUUUUGCAUAGAUCUGUUGACAGCUGACCUGGGGAUCUUCCCAGGCAGGACUAUGUCCCAUUUCCUGGAAUGUCCUAGUUUCUUUUAUGCGGUGCAUUUAAACUGGGAAAUUGCUUUCUCCUAAGAGAUCCGUCUCUGUACCUCCUCCCUGGCCCUUUUCUCCACCUCAUAUAAUUGUUGUUUUAUCUCUUUAUGGAGCAGCUUUAUUUGAAGGAACAGUCCUUACUUAUGAAAAGGAAAGGACUUGCAGGUGCUACUAAUCAACUGUUGAGCUUCAAGCUGGAGAGUUUUUUUCCAGUAUGAAGGAAGGAAUUAUCUUCCUGACUUCGGUGCUGCUGUCUCUGGUUCCACUUUGGUUGCAGCAGAAGAGGCAAAAGGAAUGGUGGGAAGAGCCUUAGCCUGGGCACACAGGUUCCUAGUUGGACUCUACUUGACUCAACUACCAUCAUUUCAAUGGGCUUUACUUUUCCUGUGGUUAAAUAAGGGUUUUGAAGUCAAAUAAUUCUCAACUAUUGUGUCCUAAUUUGUUUCUACAAAGAGACUUUGAAAAGGUCAUGGAAAAUGAAAUUCAAAGAUCUUGAUGCAAAAAAUUGGAAAACCAUGUGUAGUUUUUUCAGAGUACACAUGUUCCAUUAACUUUUUGCAGACUCAUUGUAUGAAUAUACUUUCUAUUUCUAAUAUUUUAGAUUGGAGGGGAAUUGCACAUGUAACAUAAUGAUCAGAAUAUCUCUUUAAAAUUUUAUAAGAAUUUGGUGCCUGUUAGCCUCUUUGAGUACCUAAUUAAGGUACUCAGAGUUCUAAGGGGUUUAGGGUAGGGAGGUGAUGAUUUUUUGGUGGACUGAGAUUAUAUGUGAGGUUUAUACUCUUUGAAUCAAUCAUCUGUGUUUGCUUAUGUGUUCUGAGUGGGUAUAUGGUAUAUUACAUUUGUUGAUAACUCUCUGUCCAAAGAGUUGACCAUAACUAUUUCAUAAAGAAUUUGUAAAACAGUGAUUUAGCUGAGUGCUUAAAGGUGAAGAGGGAAUCAAAUGAGAAAAACAUUAUAAAGAAGAGAAACCACAGGAAUUUAUUUUUUAAAAAACUCAAAAAUUCCUGAGGAUUGUCAAUCACUUUUUGCCAUCACUAGCAAAAGACUGUGUCAAAAGUAUCCAUAGCAAUAUGUAAUGGUGUUAACAUAGAUCUAAGUUUGUUAAUAUGAAAGAAAAGUCCAAGAAAUACCAAGCAGAAUGAGUAACAUGUAAAUUAUAUAGUAUGAUACUACUAGGAUUCUUGUUUAUUUUAAAAAUGUGUUUUCCCCAAACACAUUACUUAUAUGAUUUAUUAUUAUCUAACUUCCAGGAUUUCCAUCCUAAAAUACAAAUGAGUAUUUUGUGCAUAUAUGCAUACACACUUGUGCAAAUAUACAUACAAGUUAAAUUCCCAGAACUGUAACAUUCAUAAAAUAUGUAUUUUUCAUUUUGAUAAAUAAUCUUUUUUAAAUCAAUUAUCAAAAUUAAAUCUUUAAUAAUAUAUUGAUAAGGCUAAUGAACUGAUAAAAUCAAAUUUGUCUUUCUAGGUCCUAGGCCUACUCAUCCAACCAAGCCUCCAGUUUAUAAUUAUCCAGGUUCAGUAACUCUUUAUCCUACUGAUAUUGUUAACUUCAUAGGGCAUGUAUUAAAAAUGAUGUUUUAACUUGGAUUUCUUUAAGCCUCAGUAAAGCCAACUUUUUUUGACCUGUAUUUAUUCUUUCAUGGCCUCUGCCCUAUUUUCUAUUAUAUUUCAAAAAUUAUUUUUGUGGCCAGUUUUGGAGAGCUUAUUAUAUAUUAAAUCUUUUUCUUUUCUUUUUUCUCUUUUUUUUUAACAGGCAGAGUGGACAGUGAGAGAGAGAGAGACAGAGAGAAAGGUCUUCCUUUGCCGUUGGUUCACCCUCCAAUGGCCACCACAGCUGGUGCACUGCGGCCGGCGCACCGUGCUGAUCCGAUGGCAGGAGCCAGGUACUUAUCCUGGUCUCCCAUGGGGUGCAGGGCCCAAGCACCUGGGCCAUCCUCCACUGCACUUCCCUGGCCACAGCAGAGAGCUGGCCUGGAAGAGGGGCAACCGGGACAGAAUCCGGCGCCCUGACCGGGACUAGAACCCAGUGUGCUGGUGCCGCAAGGUGGAGGAUUAGCCUACUGAGCCGCGGCGCCGGCCAUAUUGAAUCUUUUUCAUAUGAACAUUUUCUUCCUAGGGUUUUUUUGUUUGUUUGUAUUUACUAGUCAGUUUUAAGAAUUUUUUGUACAAUUGGACACAGAUUGUUUUUUAUAACUUUUACCAACAUGAGUAUCAUAUGAAUUGUUUUUGAAUAAUUUCAGACAUUACAAAAGUAUAGAGUAAGGAUUAUUUCUCUUUCAAGUUCGUUGAGUAAAUCAUUGCCAGUGGCUUAGGGUUUCCUUUUAUGUUUCUGUACAUCAGCAUCCUUUUAUGAGCAGUCAGACAUAUAGUCUGGUAUUUUUUCCUCCUCUUAAACAAAAAUAACAUUACCUACACUUUGCACUUUCUCCAUUUUGUGUCUUGGAUUGAGGUUCUGUUUAGAUUCCCAGGCUUUUGUAAUGGUGACUUGAAUAUGUGCCACAAUUCAACUACUCUACAAGUGGUCAUUUGUCGCUCCCCGUCUUCGUGGAGGAACGACACAGGACCCUGCGCUGUUCUUUUGUCUGCUCGGCCCUCUCCGGGUUUGCUGCUGGUUCUUCCCGGGUUGGCUACCGACCCUUCCACCUCCGUGGAAGGGCGGUUCCCCCGGUUCCCCCUAGCCACUUUCCCCGCUUCCGCGGGGGAGCGGCACACCGCUGGCCGGCUCUCUCGGGGGCUGCACAGGUGUUCCUUCAGAUAGAUGUUCCUGGUGCAUGUUGUCUCUCUCCUCCUUUAUAGUCCUCUUCCACCAAUCCCAACUCAGCUGCCCACACGCCGAGUACGCUGCUCUCCUCCAAUCAGGAACAGGUCCUGCUGUUUAUUGGUUGAACUGGAGGCAGCUGUAUAGAAGCUGUUUCCUCCUCUCCCAGCGCCAUAUUGUGGGAGAGCAGAUGCAUAAAAUAAGUCUUAAUUCCAGUAACUUAGUCUAGUCUGAGUUGCUCCCCACAGAUCCCCCUUUCUUUUUAUUUUUGGCGUUGAUACGCGCCUGUUUUCCGUGCCCCACAGCACACACUCUGCUCUGCUUGCUAGAGUUGCCCACAGGUGCUUACAAGCCCUACCAAUCAGGCAAACCAAAUCCGGGUCCUCUCUUCGCCAUGUUGUGAGGAGGUUUUUUGGCGCUGAUGCGUGCCUGUGUUCGGUGCCCUGCAGCGCAUGCUCUGCUCUGCUAGAACUACCUGCAGGUGCUUACAAGCCCUACCAAUCAGGCAAACCGAAUCCAAGCCCUCUCAUUGCCGUCUUGUGGGAGACUUAUUGGUGUUGAUAACGUGCCUGUCUUCGGUGACCUGCAGCCGCCCACAGGUACUUAUCGUCUUACUAAUCAGGCAGACCGAAUCCAAGCUCUCUCAUUGCCAUGUUGUGGGGAGGCCUUAUUUUUCUCUAUUUCUCUAUCUCCGGGCAUUCCUAUUUCUCCUAUUUUACUUCUAUCUGCCAGCAUUCCUAUUUCUCUCAUUUUACUUCUAUACUUCUAUUUCUCUUAUCCCCGCGGCUUCCCGGCGCCUGCCCUGAGGCUGCCUCUCGGCGCUUCACCCGCCGGCGGCUUCCCGGCUCUGCGCGCUCCGCAGUCUCCGCGCCCUUUGUGCCCUCACCACGGCCUUCACGCUAGCGUGCGCUCUCCCCGUUUGUGCCCCGCGUGCUCUCUCUGCACGCGGCGGCUUCUGCGAGUCACACAGCCCAGCUCACGUUUCCGCCACCGGCAUUCAGUCCAAGUUCCCCGGGCUAACCUGGCGAAUUCAACCUAGCUCACGUCUGCGCCCCCCGGUUUGGCUUGCCGUCUUUUGCUCCCUGGGCUAAUCUGACGGAUUCCAACCUGGCGGCCCACGUCUCUGCCUCUGGUUCCAGAUUUUUGCCUUUUGCUCCCCGGGCUGACUUGACAAUCCCAAGAUAGCUUACGUCUCCGCCUAGGCCUGCCCCCGCGGCUUCAUCCUCCCUAACAUAUUUUUCUCUACCCGGUAUGUUUCCUAACCUUUCUUCCAACAAUAUUCCCCUCUCAUUUCUCCUGGCUUCUCCCCACAGUCCGUAUCCGAGUCUAAGUUUCUUCUAGGUUUCACUUUCGCUUUCAACCUGCAGUCCGUAUCUGAGUCUAAGUUUCUUCUUGCUUUCACUUUAAAUCCUAACUUCUUUCCCACAGUCCGUAUCCGAGUCUAUGCCUAGGCUUUCAAUAGCUUCUUCCGGCACCUUUUCCGUCCGGCUUUUCCCUAGGCUCUUUGCUAGUCUCUCUCUCCGGUAUUUUCCCACUUCUUCCCACUUCUUCCCUCCUAGGUUUCCUAUCCGAGUCAUGGCACCAUUAUGUCGCUCCCCCUCUUCGCGAAGGAACGACACAGGACCCUACCUAGGCUUCAUAUCCGAGUCACGGCACCAUUAUGUUGCUCCCCCUCUUCACGAAGGAACGACACAGGACCCUGCCUAGGCUUCAUAUCCGAGUCACGGCACCAUUUGCUGCUCCUCCGCACGCGGAGGAGCCGCACCGGACCGGACGCUUGUUGUUCCCCUUUUUUACAAGUCCUUUCUAUAGUAAAGAAAGAAUAAGUAAACAGCGAACUCCCAAAGCAAGAAUGAGUAGAGAGAAAUGAGAAAGAACGAAGCAACGAACUUCCCCACGAACUCUCCACCGCACUCUCCAACCAACCCACACCACCAUGCCGUCUCUCUCCUCCUAUAUAGUCCUCUCCACCAAUCCGUGCUCUGCUACCCACACGCUGAGCACGCUGCUCUCCUCCAAUCAGGAGCAGCUCCUGCAGUUUGUCAAGUUGGUGAGAGGCAGCUGGGUAGAAGUUGUUUGCUCCUCUCCCAGCGCCAUAUUGUGGGAGAGCAGAUGUAUAGAAUAAGUCUUAAUUCCAGUAACAGUAUAGUCCGAGUUGCUCCCCACAGUCAUUGAUGUGUUCAGAAAUCUCAUACAAACAGGCAGGUGCAUGUGUCAACUUUUCCCCAAUGACUCUGAGUUUUGUGUAUUUCUCAUGAAACUUUACUUCUCCAGGCUGGAAUCGGGUAAAAAUUUCAACCAUGUGUUUUGACUUCAUGCUUUGCAUUGAGAUUAUUGCUACAUUUGAAAUUCACUGUGGUUUAUGGAGUGAGACAAGGUUCUCCCCACCCCACCCAAUAGGCAAGCAACAUUAUUGCCUCUCCCCAAAAGGUUUGAAGUGUUGCUCAUCAUACAUUGUCAUGAAGUGUUUUCAUUUCAGAGUUUGAUAGCUUUAGCUCCACCCCCUUUUUUUUCAGAGAGAGAGUUAUAGACAGAGAGAGAGACAGAGAGAAAGGUCUUCCUUCCGUUGGUUCAUCCCCCAAAUGGCCACUAUGACCGGCGUGCUGCGCUGAUCCGAAGCAAGGAGCCAGGUGCUUCCUCCUGGUCUCCCAUGUGGGUGCAGGGCCCAAGCACGUGGGCCAUCCUCCACUGCACUCCUGGACCAUAGCAGAGAGCUGGGCUGGAAAAAGAGCAACUGGGACAGAACCCGGUGCCCCGACUGGGACUAGAACUUGGGGUACUGGCGCCACAGGUGGAAGAUUAGCCUAGUGAGCCACGGCGCCGGCCAGCUUUAGCUCUUAAUUUACGUCUUUGGUCCAUCUGAAGUUAAGUAUAUGAGAACAGUACAACUUCAUUCUUUUGCCGUGUAUAUCCAAUCUUACCAAUACCAUUUGUUAAGGAGACUACUCUUUCUACAUUGACUGCUACUGGCACUCUUACUGAAAAUCAUUGAGCUAUUCAAUAGGGUUUAACUGCUAAGUUUUCUAUUCUACUCUGUUGGGCUCCAUGUCUAUCACUAUGUUGCUACCAUUCUUUCUUUUUAAGAUUUAUUUAUUUAUUUGAAAGGCAGAGUUACAGAGAGGCUGAAGCAGAGAGAGAGAGAGAGGUCUUCCAUCCACUGGUUCACUCCUCAGAUGGCCACAACAGCUGGAACCAAGCCGAUCCAAAGCCAGGUGUCAGGAGCUUCUUCUGGGUCUCCCAUGUGGGUAUAAGGGGUCAACCACUUGGGCCAUCUUCCACUGCUUUCCUAGGUGCAUUAACAGGAACUGUAUUGGAAGUGGAGCAGCCAGGAUUCAAACCAGCAAGCGUAUGGGAUGCCAGCACUGCAGACGGUGGCUUUACCAGCUAUGCCACAGCACCAGCUCCCACCAUUCUGUUUUGAUUAAUAUAGUUUUGUAGUAAUUUUUAAAAAAUAUUUAUUUAUUUAUUUUAAAAGAAUAAUGGAGAGAGAGAGCGAGAGAUCUUCCCUCCACUGGUUCACUCACCAGAUGACCAAAAUGUGGGUGGCAAAGACCCAAAUAUUUGGACCAUCUUGUGCUGCUUUCCCCAGGCCAUUAGCAGGGAGCUGGAUCAGAAAUGGAGCAGCUAGGACAGGAACCAGUGCCCAUAUGGGAUGCCAGUGCCACAGACAGUGGCUUCAUCCACUGCACCACAUCAUCCCCAUUUUGUAGUAAGUUUUGACAUCAAGAAGUUUUGACAUCAAGAGUCCUCUCAAUUUUGCCCUUCAUUUCUAGGCUUGUUUUGGCUAUUUGGGUUUCCUUGAGAUUUCAUAUGAAUUUGGGGAUGGAUUUUUCUGUUUUUGUAAAAAGUACCAUCAGGAUUUGGAUAGGGUUUACAUUGAGUCUGUAGAUUAUUUUGUGUAGUAUGGACAGCUUAAAAAUAUGAACACAGGAAGUCUUUCCAUUUAUUUAUGUCUUUAAUUUUUAUCAACAGUGUCUUGUAGUUUUCAGUGCACAAGUCUUUCACCUCUGUGGUUAAGUGUAUUCCCAAAAGCAAUAUUCUUUUUGAUACUAUUAUAAAUGGAAUUAUUGUCUUAACUUCCUUUUUUGAUCAUUCAUUGUUAGUGUACAGAACUAUAGCUGAUAUUUGUGUGUUGAUUUUGAAUCCUACAACUUUGCUGAAUUCAUUUAUUAGUUUUAAUAGGUGUUUGCAUGUGUGUGUAUGUGGACUCCUUCAGGUUUUCUACAUAAAAGAUCAUGUCAUCUGUGAACAGAGGUAAUUUUACUUCUUUCCCAAUUUGGAUCCCUUUUAUUUCUUUUUCUUGCCUAGUUGCUUUGGCUACAACUUCCAGUACUAUGCUGAACAAAAGUGGCAAACAUGGGUGCCCUGUCUUGCUCCUGACCUUCAGCUGUUUAUCACUGAGAAUGAUGUUAGCUGUGGGAUUUCCAUCUCUGGGCUUUAUUAUGUUGAGGAAGUUUCCUUCCGUUCCAGAUCACCUUCUAAACCAUUUAUUGAGCCUGCCUCUAUCUUUAAAUUUUAAUUAAAAUUGCCUUGAAUUCGCAGACUGAUUUUCAGGAAAUAUUAAAGAUAAAUUUGCAUGUUAUACCAUAAAAUAUAUAUAAUGAUGUUAAAUAUAAACAUAAAAUUUUAUGACACUACUUUAAAUGAGAAACAUUAAUAUGGUUUAUAAGAAAAUGAAAUUCUAAGAAGGUUUAUACCAGGCUAAAAAAAUCAACCUAUGAAUUUAAAGGAUUUUAAGCUUUAUUAUUUUAUUUUAUUAUUCAUGUGGUUUUACUGACCCCAUUUUCUUCUUUUCUUUCUCCCCCUAGGAUAUCCUGAACCCCGUGAAAUAUUUAACGAGGAUAUAGGUUACUGUUUUUGGUUACUAAUCCUGCAUUAUGAUAUGUUAGAGCAGGGGUGGGGAACUUUUUUUCUGCCAAGAGCCAUUUGGAUAUUUAUAACACCAUUUG